GAGUCCAGAAUGGGGAUCGACACUGUCCGAAGUGGAUAGGGAUCGUCGAAAACGAGACACUAGAACGAUUCCGUGCAAAGAGAACAUGGAGCACUGCAAGACAGUGAUGAAUUCGAUGAGGGCGAUCACGCAGAUCGUAAAUAACAGCAUGCCUCAUUUGCAUUCGUUGUUGACGAGUUUCUCCACGAAUCCGGAAGAGUCCAGAUCAGAAUUCAUGGAGUUUCUCGAUUGUCUCCAGUGCAAGGACGACUCCAUAACGUUCAUCGACACUUCUGGCCCUGAUAGAGUUGUAAACAACGAUCGUACGUAUCAGAAUUUUAAUCACGAUCGGAUCGAGAAUAACGUCGACGUUAUCACGAAGUUACUGGACGACGACGAACCAACCGAAAAGAACUCUAGCGUUAAUUACGUGGAAAACGCCAAGAUAUCGACCAUUUUCGAUCGUCUGGAGGAAGAUACUGGACCAACCACGAAGGAACCAGUGACGAUCAAAUCGACGUUCACGGAAGCGGAGCCGACAAAUGCAGCGGCGAGCCAGACGAUCAGAAUCGAUGAUACGGAUCGGACAAAGGUCAUCGUGAACGUGACGGACAGUUCGAGCACAAAUAACGUGACGGAACUAGCGAACGACGCGGUUAAUCCUUCGAUGUAUCCUUCGUACAAAGGUCACGCCGAACAGAGAGAACCGGAGGGAACCAAAAACGAUUCAAAUGGGGCCAGGAAGGCAGUCCCCUAUAAAGGCAAGGUUUACAUAAUGAAGGAUGACCCGCAGACGAAAGGGACCCUAGAUUACUCGCAGCUGAUCAUCCCCACAGCGGAAACAACGAAAUCGACCCAGCAGCUGCAACUGACACCGACGAUGUCCUGGAAGCAACACCAGAUUUGCUUCUAUGAGCCAUCAGGGAAGAGUGGUUCCGGGAAGCAAUCAGGUCAAUUUGUGUACCCCUCGGCUCCAGGAGCUCCUUAUCCAACGUACACGUCUCAACAGCGAGAAGGUUACCAGGACCCUGACAGCCAAACGCAGAGUUUCGUGCAAGUCCAUGCGCAGAACGUGCAGAUCAUGCCGAUGCAGCCCUACUCAGGGAACCCAGGAUUCAGUGGGCAGAAAGUGGGUCCGACAGGGCCCGCAACACAGAACUUCCCAAUGUUCCCGGGGCAUCAAACGUCGCCUAGUGCUGACGCGAGUGCACCAGCUAAAUUGCCUUACUAUUGCACUUAUAUUCCUAUGCCGACCUUCCAGUUUCCAGCUAUACCUGGGGAGUCGGAGUAUCAGAGGUCUGCCGCCAAUUCUAGAGAGAGUAAAGCGCAGGGCGAUGCAAGGGACAAUUCAUUUUACAAUAAAAAUCUAUCGAAUUAUGGGUACUAUGAACUAUGUCCUUUCAACAUGAUUCGAUGUCGUGACGGCAAGCGAUGUAUACUGAGGUCGCAAUGGUGCGAUGGACAGGUGGAUUGCGGCGAUGCAAGCGACGAGACCACGUGCUCGUGUAGAGAUCGAAUAUCACAAGAGAGGCUUUGCGAUGGCUAUUUCGAUUGCCCGCACGGAGAAGAUGAGCUAGGCUGCCUCGGCUGUCCGAAGACGUCGUUCAGUUGCAACGAUUGGCAGAGACGAUAUUCGACCGACAACUGCGUUCCACUUUCUCAACGAUGCGACGGUGUUAAGCAGUGUGCGAAUGGAAAAGAUGAGAUGGAUUGCAACAUACUCACGCCCACGUAUAUCGAGGGGAACAAUGUGUUUACGGUGGGCUAUACCGAGGGAUAUCUUCACAAGAACUUCAAGGGCCAGUGGUACCCUGUCAGCUCAGCAGCCGCAUCUUGGGUCAGGGAUGCCUGUAUCUCAGAAAUUGGCCCAAAAAUGACCGAGAUGCCAGAGAUAAAUAUUCACUCCAUACCGGAGAACACGUACGAGGGUCCGUACAUAUCGGCGGAGGGCGAGGAAGUGAAGCUAAUUCCGUCAAACGCGAAUACUGCAGUCUACGGCCGGUGUUCAGGACUACUGUGCGGGACCAGAAUUUUUUCGGAACAGGACUAUUUUCAAUCCCUCGUUCCCGAGAACAGGAGUCAGAAUGCCUUGGAUCCGAUCAAGCAACUGCUCUUCCGAGGUAGCGUUGACUCUCAAACGAAGGAAAACAAUAAUGACACUGUAGAAGAGAACGACAUCGUUGGCUCGCAAUUGCGAGUCGUUGGCGGACGCGCCAGUCAACCGAAAGCUUGGCCAUUCCUGGUGGCCAUUUACAGAGACGGUGAUUUCUACUGUGGGGGCACCAUCUUGAACGAACUGUGGAUUCUAACUGCAGCACACUGCAUCGACAGGUACAUUGGCCACUAUUUCGAAAUCGAAGCUGGACUGCUUCGAAGACUGUCGUUCUCCCCAAUGGCGCAGUCCAGAAAGGCGAGGUACGCUAUAGUGCACCCUCACUAUAAUAGCGAGAACAUGAGAAACGACAUUGGAAUGAUCAUGCUGGACGAACCACUGCGUUUCAAUCGAUGGGUGCGACCCGUUUGCUUGCCGGAAGUAGACAUUUUGGGCCCCAUGUGGAGGAACAUGCCGGAGCCCAAGUCCACCUGCGUUGCUCUCGGCUGGGGAGCUACUACGGAGCAUGGACCAGACUCUGACCACUUGAGAGAAGUCGAGGUGCCAAUACUGGAGAAGUGCAAGUACGAGAUCGAUAAAAGCGACGCUGCUAUUUGCGCGGGCUAUCUCCAAGGUGGUCGCGAUGCCUGUCAGGGUGACAGUGGUGGUCCUCUAAUGUGCAAAAAUCCGUAUUCGGAAUCGCAAUGGUACGUAGCUGGCAUAGUUAGUCAUGGAGAAGGUUGUGGUCGACCAGACGAACCUGGUACCUACACGAAAGUCAGUUACUUUUUGGAGUGGAUCCGAGAGAUUUUCAGUGAGUUUUAUCUUAUUUUUUGGCCACUUCCUCCCAUGAAACGAACUCCUUUGGAAAAGUGUCCAGGGUUCAGUUGCGAGAGAGGGUUAGGCAAAUGUUUCCCCAUCGAAGCUCGUUGCAAUAGAAUGGUGGAUUGUUUGGACGGGGAGGACGAACUCUAUUGCUCUGGUCAUCUGAACAAUCCUGUAUACAGACAAAUGGAGGAUCCUAACGUUUCGCCUUCUGAUCCUGGUUCGGUGACACCCGAAAACGAGAAGUCUAAGACGUUUGGACAACCCGACGUCGAACUCCUGUACACCACUGAUCAAUGGACGCCCCCGCAAGGACGCACCGAGGAUCUCAAUAAUCCUACCGCAACGACGUACACUCCCAACGAUAGUACUACCGAUUCGUUAUCAACCACAGUAGUAGUAAACGUUCCAACAACAUUUUCAUGCAGAAGCAUGCUUCAGAGUAUCUCGAUGGACAAACGAUGCGACAGAGUGAUCGAUUGCGAGGACAGCACCGAUGAGAUUAACUGUACUUGCAAAGAGUACUUGAUGAACAUCAAACCAACUGCCAUAUGCGACGGGUACACAGACUGCGACGACGGAACGGACGAGGAGGAUUGCAGGAUUUGUUCCGAGAGCGAGUUCUUCUGUAGAAGCAGCAAGUCUUGCAUUCCAAUUUCCAAGAAGUGCGAUGAACAGUUCGACUGUGAACGGAACGAGGACGAACUGGACUGCUUUACGCUGACUGAUGGUCGACGCGUGUACUUGGACGCGGAUCAGCGGCCAUCUUUGAACAUGGAAGGUGUUCUGACUCGAUACGUCGAUGGCAAAUGGCAGGUUACGUGUCAUCGACCUAAGAUACAUCACAAUCAAUCCACGAUCACGCUUAUCGGUCAAAACAUGUGCGAGUAUUUUGGAUUUGCGAAUCUGCAAUCGUCGGAGUCAGUCAUCGUGACGAAUUCCAUACUGGAGACGAUACCCUGGAACAAGGCGAACGCCACGCUCCAGGAGGUUCCAUCAGCGGCCUCUCUGGACGACGAUACUGAAACGUGCCCCGGGAUUCACGUUCGCUGCAGACCGGUUCUGAGCGGCAGCGUGAACACGCUGGUGACAGUCGACGCUGAAACUGGCAGUCGUGACUACCUAUGGCCGUGGCUGGCCGCCAUUUUCAUCGACGGGGAGUAUCGUUGCUCCGCGAUUUUAUUGGACAGGAACUGGCUAUUGACUGCUGCGAAAUGUAUCGAAAAUGUCAGGUUGGAUACGAACUAUACGACAGCAUUGGUCGGUUAUGGUCGACUGUUCCGCUACGUGGAUGGUCCUCAUCAACAGGUAUCGAUCAUCGAUGACGUGCAGCCUGUAAACAAGUCGGAUUCUGUUCUGUUGCAUCUGAAAGAUCAGGUGCAUUUCACUCGUCAUGUGCGUCCGCUGUUUCUUGAAAGGACGGUGUAUCUACCAGGGACGAAAGACACUUGCGUGGCCGUUGGAACGAAUGAGGAUCACGAGACAAAGUCCAUCUUCUUGCAGACAGUUUUGCAAGACUGUCAGAGCUGCCAUCGAUGCUUCGUUACGUCAUCGAUGGCCGAAUGUUCGAAGAAUGAGACAUCUGAAUGGAGUGGAACGGUAUUCUGUCGUGGCAAGAAAGGAUGGUAUCCUGCGGCUACGUUUCAGGACAAAGGCGGUCCCUGCAGCUUCCAGGAGACGCAAAAAUUACUGGGGAUCGAUCAUAUAAAUCCUUAUCUGACGAAAGCUAUGGAUGACUCGAGAGUGUCCAUCGAAGCUCCUUGCCAUGGUUUCCGGUGCAACGUUGGCCAAUGCAUUCCGCAGGAUCGUGUUUGCGACGGUGUUCCGGAUUGUCGAGAUCAGGCGGACGAGGAUCCAAAUUAUUGCAAUCGAGUUCGUGAAAAUUGCGAAAACAUCGUAGAGGGUUGCAGUUGCUUGAAAUCGGAACUGCGCUGUAAAAAUGGCAUGUGCGUCGACAAGAGUGCAUUCUGCGAUGGAAACAUGGAUUGCACCGACGGAUCCGACGAACCUGCGAUAUGCACGUGCGCGGAAUACCUGAAAUUGACUGCACCUGAGCGUCUGUGCGACGGUGUGCGACAUUGUUUAGACAAAACUGACGAAUCCCCGGAGAGGUGUCUCUGCUCAGACACAGGAUUCAAAUGCAGAACAAUUAUUGGCAACGACACUUGCAUUCCUCAAGAUUUCGUUUGCGAUGGGGACAAGGAUUGCAUCGAUGGCGAGGACGAGGCAACGUGUAGAAGAUUAAAACAAUCCGCAAACGACAGCGUUACAUCUGGCGAAGUGAUUCGACGAAGUUACGGUGUAUGGCACUCAGAAUGUUUCCCAAACCCGAUCAUGUCGAAAGAAGAAUCAUCAUACUUGUGUAAAACGAUGGGAUACACGAACGGGGACGUUAAAAAUGACACUACAGUUACGGAGGAGCCCAUGGUCCCAGAUCGAGAUCAUUUCUACAUGGUCAAGAUAAACAAUUGGUUGUGGAUGACAUUAAAUAACGAUGUACCACUGAUAAGUUUGAUCAAACCCGAUAAAACCUGUCACCGUGCGUUCGUUACCUGCGUUUGAUCAAUUGGAAUAAGAAUUAAUUUAACAGACUAAGUGAUUUAUAAAAUCUCAUAAUUUAUUUCUUAUUUAUUAAUAACAGAGUCACGUCGAUGUAAUUCUGAAAUUAUUUAUUUAGAAAGCGAUUUUAUAUCAGGGACAUUACAAUGUAUCGAAACUCCAUUUGUUAGAGAUAAUUCCAUCUAUUAUAAGAUUGUAACACUACAUAUUAUUUUCCGACGUAACCUAUUUUACAAACUGUAAUGUAUUUCUCACAACAUGUGA